AUGGUUACUUCAAGUGUGAGUGAGGAGGGUAAAUCGUUCGUUUCUCUUAACCUUGGAUUGACAAUCGCGCUCGCUAAUAAGAGAGUGGUAGUCAUGGAGUUUGACCUUAGAAAACCUAAAUUGUCCGAGCGUUUGGGAUUACCACGUGAUGGCGGUAUUAGUGGUUACCUGGCCGGUAUGGUCGGUUUAGACAAAGUAAUUAAGCCUUCCGGUGUACAUGACAAUUUGUAUAUAGCUAAUUGUGGGCCGAUGCCGCCGAACCCUGGUGAACUGAUCUUAUUACCUAAGACAAAACAACUGAUUGACGAUCUUCAGGAAAUGUUUGACCUGGUGAUUAUUGAUACCGCACCAAUCGGCCUAGUAUCAGAUGCAUUGACUUUAUCUCAGCAUGCGGGUGUGAACCUAUUUAUUACUCGUCAGGCAAGGACUAUUAAAGAGCAUAUACGAAUGCUGAAUAAUUUAAGUGCUGAUGGGAAAAUUAAGAAUGUUGCAUUGAUCUUUAAUGGCGUUGACCACGUACAGAAAUACGGUUACGGCUAUGGUUACGGUUAUGGUUAUGGUUAUGGCUACGGUUACGGAAAUGGAAGUGGUUAUUAUGAAGAGAGCAAAAAAACUAAGAAAAAAGGCAUAUUAGGAAAGUUUCGUAAAACUGAUUAA